AUGCUCCGUCGUAUCCAAUCUCUCGCAUCUAUCAUUCUGUUGCUAUCACUUAUCUGCCCAGUAUAUUCAGCAAAUGGGUUUGUGGGAUAUGGGGUAUCCAUGUACAAACCUCCUUGUGCACAUGCCUGCCGCUCAUCGAUCACAAACCCCUUGAACUGCUCUACGAACUCAAAUGAUGACAUGGGCAUAACAUGGAUUAUCGAAAAGUCUCCAGAGCCACACUGCUAUGCCACAAACGAUGCCUUCUUGCAGACCCUGGCGUACUGCAUAUACUCCCAUUGUCGGACAGAGUCCAACUCUACACUGCAAAGAUACUGGGAGAUGAAUGUUGCUGGCAGUGAAAAAGACCAACCAUUGCCCAACCAGGCUUAUCAACAGGCUCUGCAAAAUAUUGGGUUUAGGCCUAACAUCACGGCGAAUGCAUCCACGGCGUUAGAGUCAGCCUCACUCGUGUCUGAAGAGUUGUACAAACUCAAUUGGCGCACGCUGACGGUUUUUGAGGAAGUGGAAGCAACACAUGAGAAAUUUGGGUGA